AUGACGUUGAGGGGCACGGCGAUAAGGUGUGUCAGCUUGGCCGGGUCAACUUAUGCCCGUGCAACCCCUUCCUUGAGCGCCGAGCGCAGCCACUUUGGGAUCUUCAUAAUAUCAUCUCCAGUCAAGUUCACCUCACUCUGCACUCUCGACAUCAUCUUCACCACGGUAGCAAUGGCCACUCAAUUUCUUCCUUCCACCCCGAAAGCGACACCUCCGCUGCCUCCUCCCACUCCAGAGGGUACCCUGACCCCUGGAAAAUGGCGACACCCUCAACUGGAAGAGAUCGUUCGGCGGCAAAAUGCAGCUACAUUUGAUCAGAAAAAUGUGAAGAAGCUCGUUUGGAACGGCGCAGCUUUGAUACUGAGCUGGACAUUUGGAUCUACCUUCAAAAGCUACUUACGCCAAAUACUCGAUACCAACCAUAUCUAUCAAGAAAUCCCGUUACUCAUUCUCCAACUCUUCUUCGUUUUCAAUGUUAUAGUGGCCCUCUCUCCCCUCUUCCGGCCAACGGACGACCUCUCCGACAUUCCCCUUACCCCCACCCAGCGCUCACUUCUUGGUUUGGAUCCUGCUGCCACACCACCAGCAACGCCUGGAACAGUAUUUGUUACCCCACCCAGAUACCGGCUUUCUUCACGCAAGGCCAGUCCUGCUAGCAGACAGCCCUCCCCAAUUUCCGCGAAUGCAAGCUUUUCUGAGCGUCGCUCUUCCAUCAGCACACCCUUCUCGCCUGUAUCCAGCCCCCUGCUUUACAAAGCGAUGUCGAAUGGAGGCAGAGAAUCUAUUCAACGCCAGAGCUUUGGAUCCUCGUCCCCUCUGACUCGAAGUAACUCCUUUGGAGAGUCGACCAUGAGCAUGGGCCCAGGCACACCUUCCCCGCUUAUGGGAAAACGAGGAAGUCUGGGGGUCAAGAACAAGUGGCUAUAUGAGAGGAGCCGCCGGCUUUCGGCUAGCGGAGGAGCCCCCUGA